GUGCUAGCAUUGCCCAAUCUCUUAAUUCCUUUUUAAGUAAAGACAGGCUUAACCAUCCAAAACAUGCCCUAAAAUAGUAAAGAUGAGAGAGGUUCGUUCCCAGGCCACACCAAAUCCCACUUUCAGUUUUGAACUCGUUACUCAACUUCCACGAGCGUGACUCGUAUAUAUACCUCGUUCGCUUUUCCGAGAUCCUCAAGCCUUUUCUUCUCGGGUACCAUUCCACCGGCUCUCAUUGGAAGAAGAGCUUAAAAAAGAAAUAUUAAGUUCGAAAAAGCCUAGAAGCAUGGGCCCCACUAGUCUCCUCCUCUGCUUUUCUGUUCUGCUGACUUUCUCUUCGGUCACUGGGGCCUACAAUAUCACAAGAUUGCUGGGACAAUACCCGAAUUUUGGGUUGCUCAAUCAAUACAUCACCGAUUCCAGUCUCGCCGGUGAAAUCAACGGACGUGGUACCGUCACCGUUUUGGCCGUCGACAACUCGUCCCUCUCUUCCAUAUCCGGCCGAUCCAAGGACUCCAUCAAGGCCAUCGUCAGCACCCACAUCAUCCUUGACUACUACGACGAGAAGAAGCUCAUGAACAUCAGGAACGACAGCACCACAUUGACCACUCUCUACCAGUCCAGCGGCGUUGCCAACAGUAACCAGGGUUUCCUCCUCGUCUACAACGCUGGCGGCGGUCAUUUCUACUUCGGCUCUGCCGUGAAAGGCGCUCCUCUUAACGCUCAGUUCGUGAAGACCGUUGUCACUCAGCCUUACAAUAUCUCCGUUCUCCAGGUUUCGCAGCCGAUCAUCCCCCCCGGCAUUGAUGCUCAGAGUCCAUGGCCUGCACCGGGAGCUCAAACUAAUUUCCCACCGAAGCAAGACGACGAUUCAGAGCCACCGGCGCAGUCUCCGUCCGAUGAUGACAGCGCGGCUGAUGCACCGAGUGAUGAUACUGGUGGUGACGACGGUGCUUCAUCCCCUCCAGCUAGCAGUACACCUGUGCCUGCACCCGCAGAUGCUCCGGGACCGUCCGAUGACUUGGCCGCCGAUAACAGUAGCGAUGACUCGCCUUCUACUCCGAGCAGCUCCGCACGCGUCAGGACGGGAUUGGUAGGCACAUCCAUGGCCUUCGCUUCCCUUUUGAUCGCCUUGUGACUCGAACGAACGAAUGAAUGAGAAAGGGAAGUAGAAGAAAGAGGGGAGACGAAGAGGAAGAUGGAGAAGGAAUUGGGACUUUGUCGGCAUUGGAAUCGCUUGCGAAAAAAAACUGUAAAACGUUUGCUCCCACUUGUUUUCGCUCAAAAUUCAUCAAAAUAAAGAGUGUUAAAGUCUAAGAUUAUUAACACACAUUCAUUUUUGGUCGGUUUGUCGUUCAUUUUUUAUUUGUGCAAGAAGUGAUUUACAUGACUAUUACGAUGUAACUUGUGCAAUAAAUAUCAAUAUAAAUUCGCA